AUGGCCAGACUAAAGGCCGUGAGUUCAGUUUUAACCAACAAAACGGAGAUUUCUCUCUGCGAAUACUACAAAGCAAUUGGGAAAAGAUCAGCGUAUUGCGACAAAGUUGAGAAAGGUAGGUUCGCGGUACAAUGUUUUUUUUUAACAAAACCACUUUUUGCAAUAGGAAAUUGGAGAAGGAAUUAUUUCUCUGACCGUCUCUCCUCAUUUUGCGUGCUCUCUCAAAGGGAUCUUUCAAUCUAACGACUUUUUCUUCAAAAAAAUCUCAUUUGUAUUCGAAUUCCAGCCGAAGACAAUGGUGCCUCCAACAAGCUGCAUGUGUGUUCCUCAAAUUCCGCCAUGGUGUUAUGCACCGCCGAUACCACUGGCGAUUGCGCCGAGAGCGGGCAGAUUUGCACCCUCAGCGAUCAUACCAAAUGUUGCCAAGGCAUCGUGAAGGGCAUCCCGGUCUCCCGAAUCAACGCGAAACCCGGGGAUUGCCCGCAGCCGAUCGGAAUCAGCGGCUUUCCGGACCAGUCUUCCACCGGCUGCUGGCUGGAUUCGAAUUGUCCGGGGGUCCAGAAGUGUUGCCUCGAGCCGAAUCCCACUGCCCAUAAUGCUCAGCGCGUCUGUCGGGACCCGAUUGGCAUAAGUAGUUGGUUUUUCAAGUUUCUCUCCCCUUUUUUUUACUUUGGUUUAUAGGGGAGGUGCUGCAAGUGUGACUCUUGCAUUUUUUUUAGAAAUUUUGCAAAAAUGGGUUAACUACUACAUAUAUAUAGGUAUAAAUGGAUACUUUUUCUCGAAAAGGAAGGAGAAAGAUAAGAAAAUGCUUUUUAUCGGAUAGUGACAUUUCGUUUUGAACGAAUCACCAAAAAAGGGUAAUUUCGUCUAUUUUGGAUUGACGUAAAAUUCAAAAGUCGUAAAAAAGAUUUGCAAAAAUUUACCGCGGUAUUGAAAGAGUCAUGUUUGAGCCGCCUUUCCCCUGUAAAUUCAUCCGUUUUCCCUUUCAGAAUUCCUCGGCAAUUCCGUGUGUAAUCUUCCCCUUGCCGUUGGGACUUGCACUGCCCCUGUUACCCGGUACUAUUACGACUCGGUUAGUGGUCAAUGCAAGACCUUUAAGUUCAGCGGAUGCAAUGGGAAUGCGAAUAAUUUCCAGAGCUUGGCCAGUUGCCAGGCCACGUGCUCGUAUUUGGGUAAGAUGACUCGAUCUGUGGGUCGUUCUUGGAGUCGGAAUUGGAUUUUUAGAAACAAAAUAGGAUUUCUAGUACAAUGGAGUUGCAGUUUUGUUGGUUUUCCCUUUUGAUGUGGAGUUUUAGUUGAUUUUUUAUAUUACACUAGACAUUAGAUGAAAAAACUUUAAAAUGCACAAUUUUUUUGUCGAACCUGCUAAACGUCUUACUAAUAUGGCUUUGUAGAGCCUUUUUCUUUCUUUUUUCACAUGCUUGCCUUCAAGAAUCUUCAAUUUUUACCUUACACUUGGUUUUUUUCGUCUAAUGUUUAGUGAAAAAAUUUUUUUUGAUCGUAUUCUACCUUCCAAUCCACCGAAUAUUUACUCUUCAGGUAUCCAAGGGACCCCACUGUGUCCGGCAGAUGCGAAUGCCAGCUUAAAUUGCCUCUACGUGCAUCCGGAUGCCUGCCAAACGGAUGCUGAUUGCAUGGGCAGACAGAACAAUGUCCAGCCCUCCUGUUGUAUGACGAAAUGCGGAUAUCGGAUAUGCCAUUUGUACUAA